GCCUGUCAGGCUUACUUACAGAGGCUACCUGCUAGAAAUAUUCAGCCUAUCUCUCUGAAUUCUUCUGUCUGCGGGCUGGCACUGCAUCAGCCUCGCGGUAUCAUCUGUAGCAGAGGAGCAACAUGAAGCAAAAGAUGGUGAUCAGGGUGCACAUGACGUGCGACAAAUGCCGAUCCAAGGCAAUGGGGCUGGUUGCCUCGGUAUACGGAGUGGAGCGUGUGGAGAUACAAGGCGAUGACAGGGACCAGCUGGCGGUGGUCGGCGACGGGGUGGACGCCGCCAACCUCACGGCCUGCCUGCGGAAGGUGGGGAACGCGGACCUCCUCACGGUGGAGGCGGUCGUCGCCGAGGCGCCGGCACCGGCAUCGGAGACCACCGAGGCUCCAUGGUAUCCCAGCUAUUAUUCCUGGCCGGCAGGGGCAUACUCCCACUGCUACCCGUACAGCAUGUAGUAAUCUCUUGUAUAUCUGCGGAAUUAUCAAACUGAUCCAGUGAUCCAUCCAUGUAAUGAUUCCCAGAAAAAAAA